AUGUUGUGGUGCAGAUGCAUCAACAUGCUUGUAGUACGUCUGGCCGCCCACGGCCCCAAAAAUUCUAAAUGUGCUUUCAUCUGUAUAAAUGAAAUUCUUGAAAUCUUGAUAUGUCAAAUCAGAAUGGCUUGCAUGAUAAACCAUACGCAAUUUCAGAUUCUUUUUUGA